AUGGCUCUGAACCCCCUGGUGGUCCCUCUGACGGCGCUCCUUUUCCUCCUGGCCCCCCGACCGAGUGUUGGGGACGUAGAAGGGGACGACUAUGACCUGAACAAUGCGCCGGACUGGGACAACCUAGACCCCAAUGGCUUUGGAGAGAGUUACGACUAUGAUGACCUGGACCAAGAGAUGGAGGUUGGUACACUGGCUCCUCCAGGACAGGAAGACCCUCCACAAGCUCAAGGGCCCUCUGAGCCCUCUGAGGGGGACGGGACCCCAGCUGCUCCGUCCCUGGCCUCUGCUCCGGUCCCACUGGACUUCAAGGAACCCGGCCUCUUCGGGCCCGAAACCGGCCUGGGCAUGCCCACCUGCCUGCUGUGUGUGUGUUUGAGUGGAAGUGUGUACUGCGACGACUCAGACCUGAAGACAAUCCCACCCCUCCCGAAGGACACCACACACUUCUACGGUCGCUUCAACAAGAUCCAGCACAUCAGGAACACAGAUUUUAUCAACCUGAACAAGCUGAAAGGAAUCGACCUUACAGGGAACCAGAUCUCGGACAUGGGGGAGGACGUGUUCCGGAGUUCACCACAGUUAGAACAGAUCGUUCUGUCUGACAACCUCCUACAGGCCCUGCCAUGGCUUCCCGCCACCAUGCGGCACAUCGACGUCCGCAACAACAAACUGACUUCUGCUGGCAUGCAUCCGGAAGGAUUCAAGGAUAUGAGCCAACUAGAGUUCCUUUAUUUGUCCAACAACCAUCUGAGUUAUAUUCCCACACCCCUGCCUGAGAGCCUUCGAGCACUUCAUCUACAGAGCAACAACAUCCAGAGCCUGCAGGAGGACACGUUCUGUAACGCACAGGACCGCAGCUACAGCCGCCCCCACCUGGAGGACAUCCGGCUGGACGCCAACCCAAUCCACCUCCACCUGUUCGCCAGCUCCUACGCCUGCCUGCCGAGGCUGCCCCUGGGGGGCCGCUGA